AGCAACCCAUCAUAAAAAAAGAAGCAAUACACACUCUUGCUGCUAAACAGUAAACAAGCGUAAUACGGAGCAUCUCAUACCGUAUGAGCAAUACGGAGUAAGAUUAUUCAGAUCUGACUUCUGAGGACCGAGGAACUGGAAAACUCAGCUGAGCAGAGAGGACCGACUCAUCGACAUCGACGAGACGACGAACCGUCACCAACACCAAGUCGCCGACGGCCGACGCAGCGGCGCUUGGCCGCCCUAUCCAUCCUCAGUGCUCAGCGGCCUCAGCCUUCUGGUACGCUGCACGCGGCACGCCUGCCGCCUAGCUUCUCUUCUCCUGCUUCCACUUUCAGGGCCUGCGAUUCUACACUUUUGCCCCUUCAGGCUUCUCAGGAGUUCUGGAGACUGGUACCGGCAACGUCUUUAAAAGCGCUCGCCCCAGUGCUUGGGAGAAGGGUAGGCGCAUACACCUGGGUUAGGCGCAGCAUAAGCGCAGGGCGCACGCCUGGGUCGCCCGAUACGGAAAAGGUUUAGUAACUUAUUCUGUCUAUAUGAUCAGCACUUCGAUGUUGCCAGAGGGUUAGUGCAGUUAUGGCUUGUGUGAAGGUUGUCACUCAUCUUAAGGGUUGUCUGUGCCAUUAUCUCCUACUGGGUGUUAUCUGGGUGUUGAGCUGCUUGAAUGUAGAGACUCUGCAGAUAUUGCCCGAACGAAGCAGUGACUUGCCUCUUCCUGCCCCACCCAUAAGUGGAAUGUUUGAACCCAUUGAGAUAUCACCGGCGGUGUUUCCACAUCAUUCAUUUCCUGAUCAAGCUUUGUCGCCGAUGUACCCUUCUUUCCCUACCACAUAUAGUCCCAUCUUGAGCGGAAGAUGCCUUGUAAAUUUCUCUAUGAUUUCGAACAUAACAGAAAAAACAGCGUCUGAUUGUACCGCACCCCUCUCAAAAGUAGUAAGAAAUGUUAUAUGCUGCCCACAAUUCAAUAGCUUGCUUCACAUAUUUCAGGGCUUCUACAGUUCCAGUUCUAACACAUUAGUUUUAGAAAAUGCUGUCGCUGAUGAUUGUUUUAAAGAUAUCAUCAGCAUAUUAGCGAGUAGAGGGGCAAAUGGAUCCGUAUCUACAAUGUGCUCUACCAACUCAUUGCAUCUUACUGGAGGAUCUUGCCCCGUGAAAGAUAUAGCUACUUUUGAGAAGGUGGUGAAUACCAGCAAAUUGUUGGAGUCUUGCAUCACAAUUGAUUCUCUUAAGGAGUGUUGCAGGCCAAUUUGCCAGCGAGCAAUUUCAGAGGCUUCACUUCAAAUCUAUGGGAUAAAACCAAAUCAAUCAAAUAUGGUUGAUAAUAAGAAUUUAAUAGAAUCCCCUGGAAAGUUUGAUAGCCUUACUGAUUGCAAAGGGGUUGUGCAUUCAUGGCUUGCCAGGAACUUGCCUUUUGAAGAUGCAAAUAAAAUAUUUCGAUUACUAUCUUCAUGCAAAGUUAACAAAGUCUGCCCUUUAGAUUUUAAGCAGCCAUCUGAAGUGAUAAAAGAAUGUCGAAACUUAGCAGCACCUGGUUCAUCAUGUUGUAGCUCACUGAACUCAUACAUUGCUGAUAUACAAAAACAAAUGUUGAUUACUAAUCGACAGGCGAUAAUGUGUGCAACUCUAUUGGGAUCAAUGUUACAGAAGGGUGGGGUGAUGACAAAUGUGUACGAGCUUUGUGAUAUUGAUUUAAAAGAUUUUAGCCUUCAAGCAUAUGGUGGAGAAGAAGCAGGGUGCUUGCUUCGAAGCUUGCCUACAGAUAUGGUAUACGACAACUCAGCAGGUUUCAGCUUUAACUGUGACUUGAAUGAUGAUACUGCAGCUCUAUGGCCUUCAUCAUCAUCUGGUACAUUCUCCUUUUGUGCACCUGAGAUGUCCUUACCAGCAUUACCGACAUCUUCAGAGGCUGGCUACCGAAUGCUGGAUGUUGCUGUGUUGUUUCUUUCUUUUUUUGUUUCCAAGUUGUUGUAGCCAUGAGAUUUAGCUUUUAAGUAUUGGGCCCUAUUUGGAAUGAAGUAUAGGAAGUCAUAGAUGAUGAACUUUGGGAAAAUCUCAUGUAUAUUUUUACAUAUUUUCAUGUAUGUAUAGCUUUUUAUGUUUCAUUGUUAGGUUAUCCACCCCUAGAAGUAGUUUUUUUUUUAAAUGAGUGUCUAAAGAUGCAAGUUGGUGCAAAAGGCUAUCUUUGUAUUGUUGUAUGCAGACUUGAAGCAAAUUUGUCUCCGGUGUACAUUAAAAUUAGUGGGCGUUUGGUUCACAGAACCUUUUAUUUCCACUUAGAAUGUGAUUUUCUGGGGUGUGUAUGUUUUGCUCGGUUACCCUACUAGGAAUAUUUUAGAUGGAUAUAUCAGUGUCAUGUAUAAUAAUAAAGUACGAUUUUUGACAAUUAUUUUUGAUACGUUCU